UAGUGGAGCCGGAGCGGGGCGGAGCGGCGCUCCGGCACUUUUUCAAUCCAUGUUUUUCAAUUGCAAAUGUUCACAUUUAUAAAUACAUAUAUUUAAAAUAUUUUCGUGUUCGAAUUUUGUCUAAACACUUGUAGUAAGCAUUGCCUGCGGCUCUGUGCCAGCUGUGCGAAUUUGCGACAGACAGACAGCUAGCUAUACGUUUAAUAAAGACAAGCUGUCGGCUAAAACAUCAAGUAAUCUGAAAAACGAUGUCACCACAAUAAGCAGCACAGUUGCUGCUUUUGAUUGGUCCAUUAUUAUGCCAUUAAAAUAUGCUGUCAUUCCAGUUUUUUUUUUUUAGCAAAUCACUUUUGAAAGUGAUGUUGCUGACAACCAAUCAGAGAAGGAGGCGGUUCGUUCCUUGGCCGUAACUGAGGUGAUGAUAUUAGUAACGGUAUUAAUAAUAAUAAAAAACAACUCGCAAAUCAAAAAUGUCUGGUCUCGGAGGUAGUAAACGAACUCGUCAAGAGACUUUGAUACAAUAUUUUGGCAAUAGUAGUAAAAAACAGAAGAUCGUUUGUUGUACGGCAGAAGCAGAACCUACAGUGGAACCAGAACCUACAGCAGUUGAAGAAAAAAACGCGGAGAAACAGCCAUGGCCAAACAUCUGGAGUUCUGAGGUAUGGGAAGAAAAGAAACAACUUUACACUUUCCUUGACUGUGCGGAUGGUAAUCUGGGCUGUCGUGUUUGUAGACGUGUUUCUGCGCUGUCAGUUUUGAAAAGUCAGGGUGUUUCUCUGUCUUCUGAGUGGAAAAAUUACAGUGUUGGGUACAAUGGAAAAACUCGAGAGCAACAGCUACGAUCUUUGAGAAAAAAGAUAGCUGAACACAAGAAAUCCAGCGCUCAUAACAAGGCCACUGCAUUGUUACAGCAGAACACAGAGGACAUUAUUGGGAAAUGUGUUGACAGUGCAAAAAGGCGAGAUCACGAAACUACCUGUAAAAUAUUUUCUACUGCUUACUACCUUGCAAAACAAAAUCGACCCUAUUCUGAUCACCAGGCCUUACUGGAACUGCAAGAAAUACAUGGUGUUAAUGUGGGAACUGGUCUUCAUUCCAGAUACAGCGCCACUCAAAUUAUCAACCACGUUUCUGAUGAAAUGGUCAAAAAGGCCUGUGAGAGAAUAAUACACAUCGAUGGAAAAAUUGCUGUGUUAAUUGAUGAAUCAACAGCUCUGAAUGGUUCCCCAGCACUUAUUGUGCAUCUCAAAUGCGAGACAGACAAGACACGUGACCCUCACUUCAUGUUUUUGGAGUUAGUUGAACUUUUUGAUCAGUCAGCUGAGUCCAUAGUGUUAGCGCUUACUAAGUGUCUUCAAAAACACGGGUUUGACCAUGCAUACUUACAGAAGAAUCUUGUUGCAUUUGCAAGUGACGGUGCAAGUGUAAUGCUUGGGAAAAAAUCUGGUGUGGCAAAACGAAUUUCAGACAUGUACCCCAACAUUGUUGUCUGGCACUGUCUAAAUCACAGACUCGAACUUGCAGUUGCCGAUAGUGUUUCUGAGACUACUGGCAUGAACCAUUUUCAUUCUUUCAUGGACAAGCUAUACUCAGUCUACAGUAGAUCAGCACUAAAUCAGCAAGAACUCCGAAAUUGUGCGAAGGAACUGGAUGCUGUCUUGAGGAAAAUUGGUCGUGUACUGGAUGUGAGAUGGGUUUCCAGUUCGUUCAGGACUGUCUCCGCUGUGUGGGAAAGUUUUGAAGUUCUGUCGACUCAUUUUAAAGCUGCCGUAAGCUCUAAGCGGACUUCUGCUGAAAGAGCGACAUACAGCGGUCUACUGAAAAGGCUGUGCUCGCCAGAAUUUCUCAUUGACCUCGGAGUUAUGUACGAUGCCUUAUACGAACUUUCACUGCUGUCAGAGAUUCUCCAGAAACGGACUACUACAUUGGUUUAUGCAGAUAAAAUGGCACGUAGAACAGUAAGGAUUUUUGCAUCCAUGAAUGAGAAUGUAGGUACAAAUACUCUUGAAGCGCAGAUAGCUGCCAUGGAAGGAACAUUUAAAUCUACAGUGCUGACGUCGAAUCCCAAACAUGUAAAAAUAAAUCAUAAACAAUUCCUUACCAAACUCGCCAAUCAUAUGAAAGAACGACUUUUUACAACCACUGCAUCAAAUGAGAAGGCUUCUUCCGAGGUGAAUUGCCAAAAAUAUGAAAGUCUUCUUUCUGAGCUCUUGGUCCUGGAUCCACACCACUGGCCUGCAGAACUACCCCAGGGUUAUGGCGAAAAUGAAGUUGAAAGAUUGUGUCGGCGCUUUCAGCUAAAUGAACGUAUUAUCAAAAAUGCAUUUCGAGAUUUUAAGGAGAACAACGGAAGAAUUCCAGAUGAUUUAGCUCCACUUAUUAACUGCACACGUGUGAUCCCGUGCAGUACUGCUGAAUGUGAAAGGGGAUUCAGCCAAAUGAACUUAAUUAUAACUGAUCAGCGUUCCAAAAUUUUAAUCAAACAUGCUUCAGCCUUAAUGUUUAUCAAGCUUCAUGGACCCCCUUUGAGACAGUGGAAUCCAAGCCCUUAUGUGACCACUUGGUUGCGACACAAUCAUCGAUCCGCAGAUGACAGCCGUACACGGGUGGCAGCUCCAAUUUCCAGCGACUCCCCUGACGCUCUGUGGCAGUUCCUAUAGUUGACUAAAAACAACCUGUGAUUGGUAAGUGCAACUUUUAAUUUUCUAUAGAGAGGGGAGAUUUUACAGAAAUUUGUUAAGUAAAAUAUGUGUUAUAUUAUUAUUAAAAAAAACCCCGAUUAAAUCGCGUUAAAUGGAAAGUGGGCGUAACUGUUAAUACCUCGUUAACUAUUUAAUUGAUUCUCAUUGGGACCGCUCCGCUACUUUUUUUUUUAC